AUGGAUAGUUUUCAGGUCUACGAGCCCGGCGGCGGUUCGGGCGCCUCGUCUCUGACGAAACGGCAGCAGGCGAUUCUCGCUAUACCCACGACAUACCUCGGCCUCAACGCUGGACCAAAACCAGGGACCGUCGCUGCCAUCGUGCUGGGCUCAAUCGGCGGGUUCCUGCUUAUCAUAUACGUCAUUUGGGCGGCUCUCAAUUACGGGAAUGUGUUUGGUCUUCGGCGCGGAGUGGUCGAGGAGGAAGUCAUUCGUCGGCGCGGGCCACGCAGCAGCAGCAGGCGAGAGGGGACUAUCAUCGAGGAGACCAUAGAGGUGGAUCGGAGAAGUUCUUUCCGGCGACGAGGAGCAUCAUCUGUGCGGGAUCCGGAUGAGGAUGCCACCGUCGAGGAGUAA